GUGGGAUGCUUGCGGUUGAUUGUAUACUGAGACGAUUCGUAAGAGAUGGUGCUGAACGAAAAAUAUUGAGAUCUUGCUGAAUAGGCACACUCUCAUUAACUUGUCCGCCUGUUCUCAUCUUCCCGCUCAUGAGAAGUGAUCUGAGUUUGCAUUUUUCGAAGGUAUUUAUACUUUUAUCAAAUAUACUCUAAAAAAUGGAGCCAGGAGUAAUUCAAGAGAAGCCAUUGCCUGCACGAGGCUUAAAACAAGUAAAAGUGGAUAAUUGGGGAUCAUUUUUUCUUCAACGACUUCAGACUCUUUACUUGGAGGAACAAUUUCUUGAUCUUAAAAUUAAAUUUCCUACAAGUAAUAUUACUGUACAGGCCCAUCGACUUGUAGUAACAACAUGUACAGACUAUUUUAUGCAACUUGAAGAACAGCAGAAAGAAAAAGAUGAAAAUUUUAAUGGUGUAAUUAUUAUGCCUUCAGAUAUGCCUUAUGAAUGUGUUAAAUCUAUUAUAAGUUUUAUGUAUACUGGACAAUUGGAAUAUUGGACAUCAGAGCAACAUGCUUUGUAUCGUACAGCGCAAAAGAUGAAUAUGACAGUCCUAACAAAGUUGCUCGACGCUCAAUUUAACACAAGCAAAAUGCAAGAUGAUGUAGCAAAAACACCUUCGCGUCCAGUUAUAGCUGUCACAAAACCUUCAACUCCAAUUGCAAAAACAAUUACCAGCUCUACCAGUUCGGCAUCAAACAUAUCUGGGCAAAUAUUGCCAGGUAGAAAGCUUCCCAUAUGGAAAAGAAAACUGGAUGAAUCUCCACCUGCACCAGCGAAUUAUGAAGUACGAACAUUCCACAGUACAUCUUCAACACAUAAAGAGGCAACUCCUGGCCCAUCCAGAUUUGAUCUUCCAGAAGCAGAUGAUAUUACUUUGGGAGUAUUUUCUUCAUUCGAUGAUAUUACAUAUAAUACAAAACCUAUUGUUCAAGCAUGCAAUGCAUAUAAAAAAGACAACUCUCUUAAAGGUUCGCCUGACAGAGAUAGUAAAAACGAUUCAACUGAAGAUGAGGAUGAAGAUAAUCAAGAAAGCGAAAAGAACUUGAGAGACACAAAUUCAGAUGAUGAUUGGAAUAUAUCGAAGAAUUAUGAGAGAUCUGAAGAAGGCCCAUCUAAACGAGUGCGUUUUGAUUUAGAGGAAAAGGAAAAUGUAGAAAAGCCUAAAUCGAAUCAUCCGAAUGCCGAUGAUUCUAUCAAUAAUCACGCAAAGAUUAUCAGAGAAGUAUUAAAAAAAUAUCCCCAUUUAGUAAAGAAUAAUAAAAAUAUUCGCUUGAAAAUCAUGCAGAAAGAAACAAAAUCCUCCGAAAGUAAUACUGCGUGCAAAACAAAAAUAUCUUAUGUGGUUUUAAAAUCCGAUCAUCUAUUGGCCACUAAUAAUGAUGAAAAUAAUGAUUCCAAGUGUAACGGCAGUCUCGAUGCCGAGACAGGUCCCUGGAAAUGUAACAAAUGCGAUUUGGAUGAAGAAUAUACUAAUUAUUAUAUGUACAGAAGACACAUGCAAGAUGUGCACGAGGAGAAAUUUGAUCCGAGGGUUUGCGAGCAUUGCGGUUAUAAGGCAACAAAGCGCAACAUUCUGAUGUAUCAUCUUUAUACCAAGCACAACGUACCACCACCGAAGAGCAUGAGCUUUCCGAAAUGUCAUGCCUGUUCAUACAUUGCCUUGUCAGAAACUCUGCUGGUGCGUCAUCAGAUAAACCAUAAUCAUCGGCCUGCUGCGACCCGACAUCACGCUUUACCUUCAGAGGAUAUUCAAUGCAGUCAAUGCAAUCAGUCAUUCAAAAGUAUCACUGAACUUACUACUCAUGAAUUGAACAGUGGACAUGGAGGUAUAACAGAUGGUAAAGAGAAGGGUCAUCGUUGUCCAUACUGUAUUAAAGUGUUUGUGCGUUUGACAAACUUGCAAGUACAUCUGGAUUGUGCGCAUAAAGAAUUGCAGAGAGACUCCAUCGAGUCUCCUCCGUCCGCACCUCCAUUAGAACCAUCAUCUGAAGCGGAAGCUCUCAGCCACGUCGCCAGUGGUAUAGCUGCUUCUCUCGGUGUCGGAGAUACGGAGACAGAGACUGCUGCAGAAACACAGGAAGAAGAAGAAACCAUAGAGAUUGUAAAAACUAAUGGUAAUCAGUACAUUGUACCAGAUGUGUUGGAUGAUAUGGAACAUAACAUCAGUUACAGUACACAUGAAAUAGAUGGCCAGCACAUGAUUAUGUUAGUUAAUAAUGACGAAAACUAUCAGCAUGAUGAGAACAAUCAUCAUCAGCAACCGCAACAGUUAGAUAUUGCCGAUAAUGAACAAAUAGUAAUGCAAGGCACAGAUGAUGGUAUGAUUGUAUACAUUCAUGGUGCUGAUGAGGCCGAUUCUCGAUCCUAUGAAAGUUAUCAAGCCGCCGAAGUCACACAGGAGACAGAAGAAAUAGUAGAGGAGGUUGUCGAGGAAGUCGAAGAGGUAGUAAUGGAGGAAGAGGAGGUACAGGAAGAAGAGGAGAUGCCUCAACACAUGUUGGAGGAUUGUGCUGAUAAUCAAGUGGAAGAAGUAAUACAAUAUGUUGAAGAGCAGACAGAGAUAGUAGAAUACGACGAAGAACAAUGUAGCGAACAGAGCAAUAGUAUGGAUGAGCAACAAGAAUCUGUCAUGAUUAUCGAGGAGGAACAUGUCGAGGGCGAAGAAGACAUGGAAGAGACUACUGAUAAACAACAUAAAAAAAUACAAAGUUUUACUACCGAGUGGGAUGAAGAUAGCGCGGGAUUAACAGAAUCAUGAAUACUGUAGUAUUGGAUUUUUUUAUUUGCUUGUGUAAUAUGUUAUUAACUUUAAUCAUAAUUGUUUAAUUUUAAAGCGACGCUUUAAUGGAGAUUUUGAUUUUAUAUUUUACUUUAGAUGCUUUUCAACAGAGAUACGGAUGACAAUGUAACAGUAAAUGAUGAUUAUAUCCUUGUCAUUUGUCAACUUAAAUAAAACUGAAAUGCUUACAGAGUGUCUCUUGCUGAAAGGCAUCAUUUAUCUAUAUAAUAAUGUAAUGUUUGUUGAUAAUGAACAGUUAUGCAACAGGCGCAAUACAGCCAUACCGAUUUUACCACACAUAUAUUUAGCAGUAAGCCCACAAAAUAAUCAAAUUACAUUUAGCGACAGGCAGGAGUGGUAUUAUUGAAGAUUAUUGUAUGAGCUUGUAAUACGUGAAUUCUAUCGUUGCACCGACACAUAGAUUAUUUUGUUUUAAUAUAUAUUGAAAUAUAUAUAUUUUACAACGCGAAAAAGUGUAAAAUCUCGAUUAUGAGAUUAUUAUACAACGGUAGCACUUCUAAGAGCCUGAGAUAAGAAUCUGUAAUCUUUAAACUUGCGAUUUUUUUUUAAAUAUAAAUAUGUUCAUAUAUG